AUGGAACACCGUCCUUCUACGUCGGGAGCUAGUUUUAGAGAGGAGAUUUUAUCGAGGCUUGAAGCAAGAAACAGUGCAAUUCGACCAUGGGCAUCAAUCUUCAAAAAUUACAGUCUCAUGUCGGAUGACCUGACGAGAUUGAGAAGACGAUUUGGUCAUCGUGAAAGAGUGGAUGGCGUAGAUUUUUCUGGAGUGGAAACGUCAGCCUUGGAAUUGAAACAAUUGCGGGAAGAGCUUGCAGAAGUCUAUAAACAGAAAAGUCGUAACGACCAGUCACUUAUCGAAGCUAACAGGAGAUUGGAUGAGCAUGAUGCAAUUCUCAACGCCGUAACAAAGGAUUACUAUCUCGGCUGGAGCUCGAUCUCAUUGGUAACGCAAAAGAAUGUGUAUUACAUCGAGAUUUUGCUCCUCAGCGACUCAGAUUGUCGAGUGCGAAACCUGUGGGCUGAAGAUCAACGACAGCACGGAAGAGACAGCUUGGCAUUGGAAAACAAGAAAUUAUACGCACGAAUCAGUGAAUUGGAAUGUAGCCUCAAGAAAUCUACAGAUGACAGGCAAUCUCUCUUCGACGAAUGGAUUGCUCUAUCAGCCCUGCUUGAGACGAAAACUAACGAACUAAUGCAACUACAGCAGGAACGGCUAGUGCUCAUCAAUAAAAUUCGGGAUCUUAACGAGCAACAUGCGAACCUAUUCAACACUGAAGUGGACCAACAGCAAGAACGACGGCAACGCAAAAUACGCGAAGAAAUUGCAAAGGCUUGCGAGGAUACUUCUAAAGACGAGAAAGUAGCUGCAGCUUUGCAACUAUCUCAUCUGACAACAAGCGAUAUCGCAUUAGGUGAUGCUGUUCCUCACGAAGUUUUGUUCAAAGCUGAAGUGAAUGACGGUGAAGUCUACGAUGUUCUAUGGCUUUCAAUUGAUAUGUAUGCCAGCGGCGGAAGUGAUAAAAGGGUGCGAUUGUGGAAGGUGGAUCAAAGAAUGAGACCGUCAAAAAUGAGCACUCUUGUUGGCUGCAAUAAUGCAGUAACCCGUCUUGAUUUUGAUCCCGAAUCGCGUCUUCUUCUUGGUGCUAGUAAUGAUCAUGGUGUUAGAUUGUGGAAUGUGGAUAAUCAACGACUUAUGUGUUCAUUCAUGGGCCAUGCGGACAAAGUAUCGUCGGCUCGAUUUUUGUCUUCACUUCAAGUUGUUUCUGGUUCUAAUGAUCGCCUUAUCAAGUUAUGGGAUGUGAGGAGCCAACGAUGUUUACGAUCCGUCUUUCCUGGGUCUACAAUUCUCGAUCUGGUUGGUAUUGAUAGAGCAUCUGCCUCAUUUAUUUCAGGUCAUUUCGACAGGAAGUUACGAUUUUGGGAUUCGAGAUCUCAAGAACCUAUUCAUGUUAUAGAGAUGGCGGGAAAAGUGACUUCUUUGGAUGUGUCGUCAGACGGCAUGUACGUUCUCUGUUCCACCAGAGAUGAUACCCUGUCGCUGAUGGAUGUUCGAAAAUAUCAAACAGUACACAUAUAUAGCGCGGAGCAGUAUCGUACCUCAAGUGACCUGUCACGUUGUGUUCUUUCGCCAGGAAUGGAAUAUUGCGCUGCUGGAGCAUCAGACGGUAGCGUAUUUGUAUGGAACAUUCAGUCAACAAAACUUGAAAAAGUUCUGCAUAAAGGAGGACAUGAGCAUUCGGUGCUGUCAGUAAGUUGGAAUCCCUCUGGUGUUGGACUUCUUAGUUGCGACAGGCAAAAAAUGGUUUGCUUGUGGAAGUGA